AUGGAGUUAUCGGAAGAGUGGAAGGCUUACAUCCCCAUCGGUAAAUCAUUGGACCCGCCACUCCUCUCUUAUUCUUCGACAAAUACUAAGCUUGGUCCUCUUUUCUUCAUCCCUAAAUCCAACACCCUUCCUAAAACCCUUUUCUCUUCUCCCUCUCUUUUCCCUUCUCUUCUUCCUCCUCCACCUCGCCUCUCUUUCUCUCGAUUCCUCUCCACUUCUUCCGUACCUUACUCCACUUCUUCUUCCAUCGCUUCCCGCUUCGCCCCCACUUCCUCCUACAGCCACGAUGUUUCUUCCCUUCUAUCACACAACCGCCUCCACCUCCUCCACUGCCCUGACCGCAACAUCACCCUUGUCUUCUUCACCACCGGCUCCAACCAUGACCGGAUUGGCUUCUUCGGUGUACACGUCCAAGUCGGCGAUUUUAAGUUUCUGGGUGAUCGGAAUGGCGACGUCUUUGUUUCUAACAACCACUUAAAUCACAAAAUUUUGAGUAUUCUGGUGAACCCAGUUGAUGAUUUCGCCGAGGUUUCAGGUGAUUCUGUUGUUGGGUAUUUAAUGGCUUCUACUUAUAUGCCGUUCAUUGGUAUUCUUCCACAUAUACCUGAAGAAAGUAUGGUUUUGUUAGAGAAUGGUUCACUGUUCUUGUUUGAUUUAGCUUCCCAUGUUGAUUCUCAGAAACCCAACGAGUAUCUUAAAGGGAGUAAAUUUAGAGUAUUUUGGGAUGAUUCCAGUGGUUCAAGGAAUUAUAAAUGGUUGGGUAUUGAGUUUAGUUGGCAUCCUAGGAUUUUGGUUGUUGCCCGAUCAGAUGCUGUUUUUUUACUUGAUUUUAGGCGCAAUGAGUGUAAUGUAAUUUGUUUAGCUAAGAUUGACAUGUUGAGCCCUUAUAAUGUGGUUGAUGAAGAUCAGUUCCUAGCAUUUUCUAGAGCAGGAGCUGAUGGGUUUCAGUUUGCUUUGGCUUGCCGAAGCUUGUUACUUCUUUGUGAUGUGCGUAAACCGAUGAUGCCAUUGUUGCGAUGGGCUCAUGAUCUUGAUAAUCCAUGCUUUAUUGUUGUGAUUAGGUUAUCGGAAUUAAGAUCACAAUCAAGGGAUGAUAGAUAUCAGUUGGCAACCGAAUCAGGUUUUUGUGUAAUUUUGGGAUCAUUUUGGAAUUGCGAGUUCCGGCUGUUCUGCUAUGGCCCUUCUUUAACCAAUGAAGGAUCUAUUGCUAUGGGAAUUUCACAGUUUUGUAAACCCUUUCUGGCGUGGGAUCUUUCUUCAGAGUUCUUAUUGUCAAACCAAGAGUGUCAUUGCGGAAGUUGUCUUGUUAGAGAAGACUUUUCAAAAGGUGCACUUCCUGAAUGGAUUGAUUGGCAACAGAAGAAAGAUAUUGUCCUUGGUUUUGGGAUUUUGAGCAGGGAUCUGUCGGAGCUGGUGCAUGAGUCAGAUGAAUUCGGUGGGUUCACUUUGAUUAGGUUAAUGUCUUCAGGAAAGAUCGAAGCUCAACGAUAUUGUGCCUCAUGGGAUUUGGUGCAAAAUUUUGAUGUAGCUCACAGAGAAUCAUUGUUCAGUUUUGAGGGUAGCUUACUAUACUCCUUGGGUGAUGAUGAAUACGAAUUUCCUAAACGAUUCAAGUAUUUGAACCUUGAGUAUCUUCGUGGGUAUUUGAAUGACGAUCUUGCUAAAGUCCUAGAUUCCAAGAUGAAGAAGUCUCACAAGGGUCCUCUUCAGGAAUCUUUUAGCCUAGACUUUCAUGAAAUUUUGUGUGAAAAGUUGAAGAUCUGUGGGUUUGGUCGAUUCAGGUCUUCUCCUGCACUUGCCAUUGUCUUCAAUGACAUUAGCUUGGCAACAAGUAUAUGCGAGGUUGCUUUGAAGCAAAUGUGGGCAACCUUACCUUUGGAACUUUUAAUACUAGCUUUCUCUAGCUAUCCCGAGUUACUUGAUGUACCCUUUGAUGAUAAGACAGUGCCUUUGGAAUUUUCUGUUGUUCCCGACGUACCUCAGUUGCCUCCAUUCCUACUACGGAAGCCUUCAUGUCGCAGCACUAAGUGGUCACACAAACUGCAGCCCGAUGAUUCACUUGUCGGUCCUGUUCUUCCUCUCCCAAUUCUACUUACGCUUCAUGAGUUUCAUAAUGGCUGUCCUGAUUCAGAGAAAAUGUCUGAAUUUUCAUCAGACAUGGAGCUUGGCCUCAGGUGCACUGAAGUCAUGCAGGUAGCUACUGAAAUGGCUGUAUCAGAUUCUAGCUCGCUUAACAACGAUCAAACCGUCUCUCUUGCCGAUGAAAGAGACGAGAUGUGGGUCGACACUCAAAGGCCCAAACCAUUCCUUUUAUACCAGCCAGUUGCAGGUGAGUCACAUAGCAUUGAUCAACUGCAGGGAAACCGUAUUUAUAAAGACGAGAAAUAUAGUACCAUGAUUACCAAAGUGCAUAAGGAGGAGACUGAUCCUAACAACACGACGAAUACUGUUGGGCUAGAACUAUUCGAUGAUCUGUGUCCCAUUGAGUUGAAGUUUGAUGUUCUUGCCAUGAACUUUAGACCACAGGAAUUAGAGGGAUUCAAGAUUUUGAAAAGGCGGUUCACCAAGUGGCAAGAGCGUUUUAAACCAUAUCAGGAAAUUUGCAUGCAGAAUAAUAUGAAUUUUCAGAAGAGGGCAUGA